AUGGUGCACAUAAAUCUUAUUCCCCGGCAUUUACGCAUAAAAGUGAUCAUCUUUUCUUUUGGAUGCCACCUGAGCAUGAUGAUUGCGGGCAUUGCGAUGAAUUGGCCAUCCCCUUUGACCGCCUGGUACUCCUCCAAGGACAGCGAGGUACCAAUGACAGAACACGAGGUAUCCUGGAUGGUGGCGAUCCCUGCCAUCGGCGCUGGAGUAGUGGCUAUUCCAAGCGGAAUGCUAGCCGACAUGUUUGGUCGGAAAACCGUUCUCCUUGGUCUGGGAAUCUCUUCAGCACUGAGCUCGGUCUUGAUCAUGAUGACCAGGUCCAAAUGGGCGCUAUAUGUCGCUCAGGUUCUCGGCGGCAUUGUCUUGGGUGGAGUACCCUGUGUUGCUCCCAUCUACACCGCUGAAAUCUCACCGCCAAACAUCAGAGGAGCCAUUGUCGGCCAGCUUAAUACGAUGUUCUUCGUCGGUCAACUGCUGGUUUAUCUCAUCGGUCCUCAACUUUCCUACACUAACUACACAAGGUUUUGCUGCUCCAUACCAAUAUUAUUCUUCGUCUUCUUUGGAUUCGCCCCUGAAUCCCCCUACUACCUGAUGAGCAAGGGAAGGGACGAGGAAGCCAAGGACUGCAUGACCAAGUUGCGUGGUAAGGAUUCUAUAGCAGAACUGGAAGAAUCCAUGAAAGAAUCUCAGGAGAAAGAAUCGAAGGAUAAACCCUCGAUAUGGGCAGUACUGAAGACAAAUAAUUAUUUGAAGUACAUGAUAUGCCUUCAGAUGCUUAGCUGUGCCAGCACAUUGAACGGAGCAUCAUCUAUGUCAGUGUACGCAGUUGAGUUCCUGGGUGGUCAGUGGGUGGCCGUACAGAUGGGCUUGAUAUUCACCGUUACUUCCUUCUUUGCUGCGUUUGUGGCGGAUCCUGUAGGACGGCGGCCUCUGCUGAUGGGCUCGUUGAUUGGCGCAGCUGUCUUCACCUCAAUCCUCGCUGCCUACUUUAUAUGUCAUGAAAAGAUCCUCCUCUACGUCGGAUUGUUCGGCUUCUGCACUGUCUGCUCACUCGGUAUCAACCCCUGCAUGAUGACUCUCCCUUCGGAGUUGUUCCCAACCAGCCUGCGAGCUUUCGCCAAUGGACUCUCCCAGCUCUCGACAAACUUUUUUGGAUUUAUCUGUAUAAAAAUUUUCGUCAACAUCAACGAGACUCUUGGUAUACGGUACAACUUCUUUCUCUACACUAUUAUCUCCCUCUUGGGCGCUGUGGCGGGUUAUUUUCUCCCAGAGACGGCCAAAUCAGUAAUCAGUGCGUCUUAAAUGCAAACCCAAAAGAUUUCGUCAGGUCAAAAGUUGAUGAAAAAUAUAAGUAGCAGAGCUAUUCAGUGGCUGUGUUCAAAAUAGUUUAAAUAAUUGAAUUUCAACAAAAUUUAGUAAACGAUUCUAAAAUUAAUGGACACUACCAUACUCAGGGAACCCCAGGAACACAAAAUAAAUAGUAAAUGACAAAUUAAUAAUCAAUCUUCUACUAUCUAAGCAUUUUGAUGCCCUGAAGUGACUUUUACCAGAGGCAAACUGCUUCGAUUCUAUUCCUUGUUCCCGAGAUUUCCAUUGAGCUUCACUGUUCUCUGAGAGGAUUGCCCUGCAGCAGUCAAUCCAUGGCAAAUAUAUGAGAAAAUCAAUACUUGAUUAAAGCUGGGCUUAAUCUGAUGUUCCCAAAUUCCAGUGUGUUGCUGAAUUUGAUCCUGCUCCAGUCUGUAAUAAAUAAAAGUGUUUUAUUUUUUAAA